GAUCUUCAUCAGCUGCUCCUAGCUGGAACUAUCAACCAUGGCCCGUCUUUUGGUACUGUGCGUAUUCGCCGCAUUGGCGGCUUGUGCCAUGGCAGCCGUUCAGCAAAGCCCAUCAAGCCAAGCAGUCACGAUACAGAAACCAGGAUCAACCGGUGCUGCAGUUGGAAGGCCUUCAGGCUGGGGAAGCUGGGGCGGCUGGGGAAGCCAACCAGGCUGGGGAAGCUGGGGCGGCUGGGGAAGCCAACCAGGCUGGGGAAGCUGGGGCGGCUGGGGACAGCACCCAGGCUGGGGCUGGGGAGGCAACGGCUGGGGCGACGGCUGGGGCAACGGCUGGGGCAACGGCUGGGGCAACGGCUGGGGCAAUGGCUGGGGCAAUGGCUGGGGCCAUGGCUGGGGCAACGGCUGGGGCAACAGCUGGGGCAACUGGGGCAAUGGCUGGGGCCACGGCUGGGGACGUGGCUGGGGAAAGCAACAGCAGCAGCAGCAACACCAGCGCCAGCAGUGAGUGUAACUUCACCCUGGGAAAGAAG